AUGGCGGAAUCAUCAAGUGAAAAUUACAAAAUACCAGUUGGACUGCGUUCAUUGUUAGAAGCGUUAGUGCAUGAAACACUGAGAACACAGCCAACUGAUUUAAUCAGUUUUUCGAUUCUCUUUUUCAAUGUCUUGCAAAAACAUCGCAAACAGAAUAAUGCAGAAGAUGUGCUAGAGAAUCCUACUUUAUAUGAGUCCUUCAAAAUUGACCUACAGAAACAGUAUCACGAAAAGGAUAAAAUGACCAAACAAUCGUCAAUGCCUUUUGAUGAAGCAGCAACGAAAAUUCAAGCUGCAUAUCGUGGACAUAUUGUUCGAGCUAAUCCACAAAAUUUUGGUCUCAACAAAAAGGACAAUGAUAUCAUUUGGCGACCCACAGAUUGUAUUAGUUUACCGGACGCAGAAAAAGAUUUAAAGUGCUAUUCUAAUGAUCCUACCGAUUCGGUAAUACAGAAAGAUGCGAUUCAGGAUCGAGCAGCAACCAUAAUUCAGGCUGAAAUUCGCGGUUUUCUAAUACGACGACAUUUACAACAAGAAAGAAAAGAAGGAAAUGAAGCUGCAAAAAAAAUACAAGCGCAUAUUAGAGGUUACUUAACAAGAAAAUAUCUCGAUGAAGUGGGCAUACCACAUAAACAUUCGGCUGUCUCACAUCUACAUAACGGUUUCCAAGAGGUUGGUGAAAAUGUUUAA